CCGCCCAGUGAAAGUAAAUCAUAAUAACCCUCACCAUAUUCUUUGUGUAUAAAAACACAAUUUUAAAGGGGUAACAACAUCAUUUGACUUUCAUCCUCUUCCACACGCAGACAUGAAGCCUUUAGUGAUUUCGGCCCUUAUACUAGCAACAAUUACUGUAAGCAAAUGUGAGAAAGAAAAGCGUGGACUUAUCAGUGGUGGAGAUAUCGGUUAUGGUGGCCACUCUGGAGGCGCAUCGAUAUCACUGGGAAGCGGAGGACAUGGGGGAUUUAGUGGCGGUCACUCAUUAGGAGGUGGAUUUAGUGGCGGAUAUGGUGGCGGAUAUGGUGGCGGAUAUGGCGGUGGAUAUGGUGGUUAUAGUGGUGGAUACGGAGGUGGUAUCGGAGGUGGAUUGGGAAGUGGCAUCGGAGGUGGAUUGGGAGGUGGUUUUGGAGGCGGGUUCGGCGGAGGAUUGGGUGGCGGAUCAGGAGGAGCCACUAUAACCACAAUUAACCAAGCUGUCCCAGUGCCAGUACCACAGCCAGUUCCAGUAACAGUAAAUCGACCAGUGCCCGUGCCUGUAGCACAACCUUACCCAGUUGCUGUACCACGACCCGUCCAAGUUGAAGUACCUGUACCGCAACCUGUCGUAGUUCCCAGACCAGUUCCAGUGACUGUAGCGCGACCUGUACCAGUAGCCGUUCCUCAAGCUGUUCCAUACCCAGUCGCUCAACCUGUCGGUGUACCAGUACCACAGCCCUACCCAGUGACCGUUCCACAACCAGUUCCAGUUAGAAUUCCUCAACCUAUUGUUGUACCAGUUGCACAACCUGUAAUUGUCGGUGGAGGAGCCGGUGGAAUUGGAGGAGGUGCCGGAGGUAUUGGUGGAGGUAUUGGUGGGGGAGCUGGUGGUUUUGGCGGUGGAAUUGGAGGAGGAUUCGGUGGAAUUGGAGGAGGAUUCGGUGGAAUUGGCGGAGGGCAUGGUGGAUUUGGAGGGGGAUAUGGUGGCAGUCAUGGUGCCAUAUCCAUUGGAAGUGGACAUGGAAUUAGCGAAAGCAUCUCUCUCGGCGGCGGCCAUGGUGGCUUUUCCGGUGGACAAGGAGGCCUAAUCUCACUUGGUGGGUAUGGAGGCGGUCACGGCGGCAGUAGUUUUGGAGGUAGCCAGUCUUCUUCAGGAGGAUACGGUGGUCACGGAGGUGGCGCAUCUAGUUACUCAAGUAUUUCGUUCGGAAAACACUAACUGCUUUAAACGAAAUAAUCAUCCUGCACGGUCCACGAAUUUUCAUUUUGUCAUUCAUCAUUAUAUUGUGAUAUG